AUGACCUCUACGGUGCCGUUUUCGGUAGUGCUGCAGAACAAGUUCAUGGGCUUUGCCGAUGGGAACAUCAUCAAGUGGUUCCCCACAUUAAACUUACUCGCGGUGUCUAUGAACAAGAUGUCUAUAUGGGUAUAUCGCUUGAAUGGAGAACGGAUCUACUCCGUUAACAACAAAUCGCCUAUCAAUUCAAUUGGUUUCAUCCGCAACGGAGCGUACUUCUGUUUAGGUGGACUCGAUGGUCUCAUCAAAAUCCACGACUCCAACAAUGGGCAAUUGAUUAAAGUUCUUGCGAAGACUUUUGUUGACAUAAAGUUGGUGGAUUGGAGUCGUCACGAAAUCACGUUUGAUGGCAAAUUCGACAACUUAUUUCAAAUUGAUAUCCUCAACAGCAUGCCAAAACUUAAUAGCACAGACGAGGUAUUGUCCACAGUAAUGGAGGACACGUCGCCGACUUUGAAUUACUUGGUUGUUGUAGACUCUACCUGUGUGUCCAUAAUCUUCAACAACUUCUUGACCAUAGACGAAAUCUCAUUCCCCCAAACAAAACCAGUUUUCUUGCGACAUCUCGACAGCGACGACCUCUUCAACCAAUACUUUUUGACGAAAUCUGGUGACUCUUUACAACUACUAAGACUAAGAAAUACCCUAGGUGAAGAUCAUGUGUAUCGAAAGUAUUUCGUAAACAUCAUUCUGAAGUUGUGCAAACUUAUGGGAAUCAUAGACUACAUUCACGAUCAAUUGGCUCUUAUUCAAGCAGAAAUCAAACCACUCUUCGUGACAUUGGACAGAUACUUGUCGAAUUUAAAGGACUCCUUGGGUGAUGAUACCACCAAGGAAGAUCUUAUAGACUAUUUCGUCCAGGUUCUCUUGACUAAUUUGAUUCCCGAGCUGACCAAGGACUUCUGGUUGAAUCAAUUUGGUGAAAGAGGGUUCAAACGAAUCUUGAAGUUGGGUAACUCAACCUAUGACUCUGCCAAAGAGAUUCUCUUCAGCCAAUUGAUAGCUUCAGUAGAACGUAUGAUCGUUAUACUUAACGAAAUCAGCGGUCUCAGCCAGUGGUUAAAGGAUUCAGAAUGUAAAUACCAUUUUGGAUUGGAUCCUGAAUCAAUUGCACUCGUUCUUGAUAAAGCAAAGGAGUUGCUCCGGAUUCUGUACCGAUUUAUUUGGGACAUCAAUGAAGAAAAAACUUCAUUCAACACGUUCAUGGAAUGGGUGAAAAUAGAACUCAUAGAUAAGCUUGCCAAGGAGGAUGAUAUGGAAGGGUUUCUAGACUUGCAUGAAUGUUUCGUUAUCAAAGAGUCUAAGAUCAUGAACUAUAUUGAGUAUGGAUUGUUCGAAAGUAGAACAUGGAAGUACCUUAACCUAGACCUUUCUACCAACGAAAUCUUGAACUGUUCAAAGAAUUACCCCAAUGAUAUUUUCAACUCUUUUGACGAGUUGAAGAAAUCCUUCAGAGACGGAGUAGAGAUAAAGUUAAGCGAGUUCAUUAGACAAAGCUUCUAUUUUGAUACCAACAUAUGCCCCUUGGAUGUGCCCCUUGGCGUCGACGUGUAUGAUUCUAAUACAAAACUAACUCAUCUCAACAAUGAUGCGGGCCUAUUUUCCACAUUUGAUGAAAUUAAGUCUCGCCUUUUUCUCGUUGGCUUUUCGUUCAAAGACCCUCUAGAAAAGGUUACGAAAUCUAUUUAUAUGGAUACAAAGAUUAUUGGCUACGAUUUCAGAAGUAAUCAGGAUCUUGUUCUACUUUUGGGCACGAAGAGUGACUAUGAGGUGUGUUCUAUUAACUUACGUGAAGUUUUAGAUCGGAUAGAAGAGAAUAUCGAAUUUAAUAGCAUAAAGAAGGUGUCAGUCCUCCAUCAAAAUUUACUCAGCUUGAAGGAUCCCAAGCUUUUACGUGUUAAUCAGGACGAAAAUUCGUCGUAUGCAUGUGUAUUGGAUUCUAAUAGGCAAAAUUACGUGGUGCUUGGUUUGGGGAGCUGA